CGCUCCCAUUCUUCCACCAGGCCUGGAGCACAUAUCAGCCGACCAUAACUGCUAAAUCUCGUCUUGUCUAGUUGUUUAAUUUAUUGAAAAAGAAAAGGUAAUGGCUGCAUCGGUUGAGGACAUCAGAAAGGCCCAGAGAGCUCAGGGUCCGGCCACCAUCCUCGCCAUUGGCACCGCCACCCCCUCAAACUGUGUCAACCAGGCUGAUUACCCUGAUUAUUACUUCAGGAUCACUAAGAGCGAGCACUUGACAGAGCUGAAAGAAAAGUUCAAGCGCAUGUGUGACAAAUCUAUGAUCAAGAAACGAUACAUGCAUUUAAAUGAGCAAAUCUUGAAAGAGAAUCCUAACAUGUGUGCUUACUGGGAAUCAUCUCUUGAUGCUCGCCAAGACAUUGUGGUGGUGGAGGUUCCAAAGCUAGGAAAGGAAGCAGCAACUAAGGCCAUCAAAGAAUGGGGCCAACCCAAGUCUAAGAUCACUCAUCUUAUUUUCUGCACAACCUCUGGUGUCGACAUGCCUGGUUGCGACUACCAGCUCACCAAGCUCCUUGGCCUCCGUCCUUCUGUCAAGCGAUUCAUGAUGUAUCAGCAGGGCUGCUUUGCUGGUGGGACAGUCCUCCGUCUAGCCAAAGACUUGGCUGAGAACAAUAAGGGUGCCCGUGUUCUUGUUGUAUGCUCUGAGAUCACUGCUGUCACUUUUCGUGGUCCAUCAGAUACCCACUUGGAUUCCUUAGUGGGUCAAGCUCUUUUCGGUGAUGGAGCUGGAGCUUUAGUUGUUGGUUCUGAUCCUGAUACUUCCAUCGAGCGUCCAUUAUUUCAGCUUGUUUCAGCAGCACAAACGAUCCUUCCUGAUUCUGAUGGAGCCAUUGAUGGACACUUACGUGAAGUGGGUCUCACCUUUCACUUGCUAAAGGAUGUUCCAGGGUUAAUCUCAAAGAACAUAGAAAAAAGCCUGGUGGAAGCAUUUACUCCAAUUGGUAUCAGUGAUUGGAACUCCAUUUUCUGGAUAGCUCACCCUGGCGGCCCAGCAAUUCUUGACCAAGUUGAAGCAAAACUCAGUCUAAAACCUGAAAAAAUGAGGAGCACCAGACAUGUUCUGAGUGAGUAUGGAAACAUGUCCAGUGCUUGUGUGUUGUUUAUCCUCGACGAGAUGAGAAAGAAGUCUCUGGAGGAAGGGAAGGCCACCACAGGAGAAGGGUUAGAAUGGGGUGUUCUAUUCGGGUUUGGCCCAGGUCUAACAGUGGAAACCGUCGUGUUACACAGCGUCCCCAUAGAAUCGGCAACUCAGUGAUCAAUAAGAUGGAGACAAAGGAUAGGAGUUGCUGGAUUUUGUGGCAGGCAACUGAGGGCAGAAAUGGAAAAAAAAUUAUAAUAAGAAGAUGACCGGUCGGUUUGGAAGUUGCGUGCGUGGAGUACUACAUUGAGUGUAAUAAAAAUUUUAUUUUAUUUUUAAAAUGUAAUAUGGACUUUUAUUUUAUUUUAUUUUUUUUUUUUAGUCUCGUAUGAGAGGCUAUGUGUGUCUCUGUACCAUUUAACUUUGAAGUAGUGCAACUGCCAUUUCGAUUUCA